AUGGAAGAGCUAGCUGAGAACCAGACCAGUCUAAAUGAGUUCAUCCUGAUAGGGUUUUCAUACCUCGCUGAAUGGCAAAUCUUGCUGUUUUUGUUUUUUCUGCUGAUGUACAUUACUGCCUUAGUUGGAAACAUGCUCAUAAUUCUGCUUGUGAAACUCAACCAUUCCCUUCAAACUCCCAUGUACUUCUUUUUGGUAAACCUAUCUUUCUUAGAAAUAGGUUACACCACUAGUGUGGUGCCCCAGAUGUUGGCACAUCUGUUAACAAAGCAUAAAAGCAUUUCCAAAGCUAGAUGUGCAGCCCAGAUGUAUGCCUUUACCAUCCUGGGGCUGACAGAAUGUUGUCUCCUGGCAGCUAUGGCAUAUGACCGCUAUGUUGCCAUAUGCCACCCAUUGCACUACACAGUAAUCAUGAAUCACCAAGUCUGUACACAGUUGGCAGCCGCAGCGUGGAUUAUUUGCUUCUUGGUACAAGUUGCUCAAACAGCAUGGAUCUUCAGUUUACCCUUCUGUGGUUCUAAACACAUCCAGCAUUUCUUUUGUGAUAUCCUACCAGUGGUGAAAACGGCAUGCACAGAUACCUACAAAAAUGAGAUUGCUGUCAUGGCAGUGACCAUCACUUUUAUCAUGAGUCCAUUCCUACUAAUUAUCCUCUCCUACGUCCGUAUAAUUUCAACCAUCCUUAAGCUUCCUUCUGCUGAGCAAAGGCGGAAAGCCUUCUCCACUUGCUCCUCACACCUCACGGUGGUGACAUUAUUCUUUGGGUCAGGCCUCUUCACCUACUUAAUGCCCAAGUCCAAAUAUACUUCACGGAGUGACCAAAUGAGUGCUCUUAUGUACACAGUUGUCACUCCAGUUUUAAAUCCCGUUAUAUAUACCCUAAGAAAUAAAGAAGUGCAGAAAGCAUAUAAGAAAACAAUUGCAAGGGUCUUCUCUCCACGAAACCCAACUAGCUGA